AACUACAAUUACACCCCUGCUUUUUGGUCCUGUCUCUAGGGAGAUACCAUUGUCGGACAUUGUCUAAGUAGUUUUCAUACAUUAAGCAAGGGGUCCCAAAAUAUGCUUCUAAAUAAAACGCUUGGCAUUUGAAUCUGUUAGGAGCAUCUGUCAUUUUAAUAUUUAAUAAUAUAACCCUCCCCAACAGCGGUACUGCGAUUGUGUCGUUUCCGGUUUGCACAAGUCGGUUUAAAAUAAAAGGCACCUACCGUCGACCCCCGGAGAGAGCAAAUGGUACAGUCAUUAAUGGAUGCUGCAUUCAUGAGAGCUGCUGCUCUGCUCCAGUGAAGAUGAGUGAGCUCAUGGACUGCCCCCUGCAGUUCCACGACUUCAAGCCAGUGGACCAUGGCAAGGUGUGCCCGCGGUACACGGCCGUGCUGGGCCGCUCCGAGGACGAUGGCAUCGGCAUUGAGGAGCUGGACACCAUGCAGCUGGAGCUGGAGACACUGCUGUCCUCCGCAAGCAGGAGGCUCCGAGUGCUGGAGGCAGAGACACAGAUCCUGACGGACUGGCAGGACAAGAAGGGCGAUAAGCGCUUCCUGAAGCUGGGCAAGGACGCGGAGCUGGGCACGCCCACCAAGCACGGCAAGCCCAAGAAGCAGCGGCUGGACGGCAAGGGCAGCCACGGGACAGGGCCCGGCCCCGGCAGGCCCAAAUCCAAGAACCUGCAGCCCAAGAUCCAGGAGUACGAGUUCACAGAGGAGCCACUCGACGCACCGCGCAUCCCCAAGAACGACGCCCCCAACAGGUUCUGGGCGUCGGUGGAGCCGUACUGCGCUGACAUCACCAGCGAGGAGAUCCGCGUUCUGGAGGAGCUGCUGAAACCACCCGAGGAUGAGGCAGAGUAUUACAAGGUGCCUCCGCUGGGGAAGCACUACUCGAUGCGCUGGGCUCAGGAGGACCUGCUGGAGGAGCAGAAGGACGGAGCCCGCGCCGCCGCCGACAGGAAGAAAGGCAUGCUGGGAGCACUGUCCGAGCUCGACUCCAAGGACGUGGACUUCAUGCUGAAGAAGUCGGAGUCUCAGCACGAGCAGCCAGAGGACGGCACCCCCUUCGGCCCCCUGACACAGCGCCUCCUGCAGGCCUUAGUGGAGGAGAACAUCAUCUCCCCCAUGGAGGACUCCCCCAUCCCCGAGGUGUCUGGGAAGGACUUGGGGGCCGAUGGGGCCAGCACCUCCCCCCGCAGCCAGGGCAAGGCAUUCAGCGUGCCCCACACAAAGUCCCUGGAGGCGCGGAUCAAGGAGGAGCUGGUCUCUCAGGGGCUGCUGGAGUCGGAAGACCGGCCGGCAGAGGACUCGGAGGAUGAGGUGCUGGCUGAGCUGCACAAGAGACAGGCGGAGCUGAAAGCACUGAGCGCACACAACCGGGCCAGGAAACAAGAGCUGCUGAGGCUGGGCAAGGAGGAGACGAAGCGUCAGGAGCUGAGGCAGAGGGUGCGCGUCUCCGAUAACGAGGUGAUGGACGCCUUCCGCAAGAUCAUGGCGGCGAGACAGAAGAAGCGCACGCCCACCAAGAAGGAGAAGGACCAGGCCUGGAAAGCACUGAAGGAGAGGGAGAGCAUCCUGAAACUGCUUGAUGGGUAGAGACUCCCUCCCCUACUCCCUACCCACUACCACCUACCAUCUACCAUUCAUAGACUCAACGAGAGAGCAUCCUGAAACUGCUCGAUGGGUAGAGACUCCCUCCCCUACUCCCUACCCACUACCACCUACCAUCUACCAUUCAUAGACUCAACGAGAGAGCAUCCUGAAACUGCUUGAUGGGUAGAGACUCCCUCCCCUACUCCCUACCUACUACCACCUACCAUCUACCAUUCAUAGACUCAACGAGAGAGCAUCCUGAAACUGCUCGAUGGGUAGAGACUCCCUCCCCUACUCCCUACCCACUACCACCUACCAUCUACCAUUCAUAGACUCAACGAGAGAGCAUCCUGAAACUGCUCGAUGGGUAGAGACUCCCUCCCCUACUCCCUACCCACUACCACCUACCAUCUACCAUUCAUAGACUCAACAAGAGAGCAUCCUGAAACUGCUCGAUGGGUAGAGACUCCCUCCCCUACUCCCUACCCACUACCACCUACCAUCUACCAUUCAUAGACUCAACGAGAGAGCAUCCUGAAACUGCUCGAUGGGUAGAGACUCCCUCCCCUACUCCCUACCCACUACCACCUACCAUCUACCAUUCAUAGACUCAACGAGAGAGCAUCCUGAAACUGCUCGAUGGGUAGAGACUCCCUCCCCUACUCCCUACCUACUACCACCUACCAUCUACCAUUCAUAGACUCAACGAGAGAGCAUCCUGAAACUGCUCGAUGGGUAGAGACUCCCUCCCCUACUCCCUACCCACUACCACCUACCAUCUACCAUUCAUAGACUCAACAAGAGAGCAUCCUGAAACUGCUCGAUGGGUAGAGACUCCCUCCCCUACUCCCUACCCACUACCACCUACCAUCUACCAUUCAUAGACUCAACGAGAGAGCAUCCUGAAACUGCUCGAUGGGUAGAGACUCCCUCCCCUACUCCCUACCCACUACCACCUACCAUCUACCAUUCAUAGACUCAACGAGAGAGCAUCCUGAAACUGCUCGAUGGGUAGAGACUCCCUCCCCUACUCCCUACCCACUACCACCUACCAUCUACCAUUCAUAGACUCAACAAGAGAGCAUCCUCAAACUGCUCAAUGGGUAGAGACUCCCUCCCCUACUCCCUACCUACUACCACCGACCAUCUACCAUUCAUAGACUCAACGAGAGAGCAUCCUGAAACUGCUCGAUGGGUAGAGACUCCCUCCCCUACUCCCUACCUACUACCACCUACCAUCUACCAUUCAUAGACUCAACAAGAGAGCAUCCUGAAACUGCUCGAUGGGUAGAGACUCCCUCCCCUACUCCCUACCCACUACCACCUACCAUCUACCAUUCAUAGACUCAACGAGAGAGCAUCCUGAAACUGCUUCAUGAGUAGAGACUCCCUCCCCUACUCCCUACCCACUACCACCUACCAUCUACCAUUCAUAGACUCAACGAGAGAGCAUCCUGAAACUGCUCGAUGGGUAGAGACUCCCUCCCCUACUCCCUACCCACUACCACCUACCAUCUACCAUUCAUAGACUCAACAAGAGAGCAUCCUGAAACUGCUCGAUGGGUAGAGACUCCCUCCCCUACUCCCUACCCACUACCACCUACCAUCUACCAUUCAUAGACUCAACAAGAGAGCAUCCUAAAACUGCUUGAUGGGUAGAGACUCCCUCCCCUACUCCCUACCCACUACCACCUACCAUCUACCAUUCAUAGACUCAACGAGAGAGCAUCCUGAAACUGCUCGAUGGGUAGAGACUCCCUCCCCUACUCCCUACCCACUACCACCUACCAUCUACCAUUCAUAGACUCAACAAGAGAGCAUCCUGAAACUGCUCGAUGGGUAGAGACUCCCUCCCCUACUCCCUACCUACUACCACCUACCAUUCAUAGACUCAACGAGAGAGCAUCCUGAAACUGCUCGAUGGGUAGAGACUCCCUCCCCUACUCCCUACCCACUACCACCUACCAUCUACCAUUCAUAGACUCAACGAGAGAGCAUCCUGAAACUGCUCGAUGGGUAGAGACUCCCUCCCCUACUCCCUACCCACUACCACCUACCAUCUACCAUUCAUAGACUCAACGAGAGAGCAUCCUGAAACUGCUUCAUGAGUAGAGACUCCCUCCCCUACCACCUACCCACUCCCAUUCAUAGACUCAGCAAGUGGGUGGGUAGAGACCAGCAGAGACACCCUCCCUUACCCCUUACCCUUCAUAGGCUCAGAUCAGGGUCGGCUGAGGAGAGUCUCUUCUGUGACCGAGUGUGAAAUCUGACAUUUUGUUUUGUUUUUAAACUGAGAGCCUGAAAUUGUCUGAAAUUGUAAUAUUUCAUCUGUACCAGCAGCUGUGAUUUUAACUGAGAUGUUUUUGUAAAACCAGGAUUGAUUUCCGAAAGACCAGUUAAAAAAAACAAAAAAAAACACACGUCCUGAUGCAUAGUGUGCGUGUGCGUGUCCGUGCGUGUGUGGUGCGUGCACAUCGAGGUGCUGCUGCCUUCACGUUGGUUUUGUUUGGGGGGGUGUGUGUUUGUUGUAGAAGAUUGUUUAACUCUUUACAGGAGUGCUAACCACAAGGCUUUCGAUUCUGUAACUUCUCCCUUCAGCCUCAUUGCUGCUUCCACAUGCAUGGAGAGGAAGACGUCUGCGUUGUUAUUUUGUUUUGUUAACGUGUUUAUUUCAUAACAGGAAGAUCUUUCAAAAUGUCAGAAAAAAACUAAAUGGCUGCUCCCAGCUCCGGACUAACUUCCUGUGUUGUAGGUCACUUGGUCGGAUUGCCGUUUAUACUGUUGAAGUGAAUUUGACGUAAUUUGGUACUUUGCAGAAGGACUUUAAUUUUUGCAACAUUGUAUUUAAAAAAAACAAUUCUGAUUUCCCCCCCGACUUAAAAAAAAAUAAAAA